UAUGCUUUAUUUUCCUUUCGUGUGAAAAUCUGAGACUAGAAUAGCAUCGGGCUUCUUCCGACAGUCCUCGUUCCGUUUACCCCGUAAAACUGUCAUCAUCCAUACAUUUGUAUUAUGAAAAGCGGUCUCUUUUUGUCAAACCGUUCACCCGCUUCAGGAUUCGAAUUUAUAGAGGGGUUGCCUAUAUGUGGCCCAGCGUCGUUUGGGUUUGGCCGGGGUAGGCCGUCAUUGUAAAUAAGAAUUCGUUCUUAACUGACUUGCUAAAUUAAGGUUAAAUAAAAACAUACAAAAAACACCACAGUAGUUAAAUCUUGUUUAUCUCAAAUAAGAGAAAUGGCUUAAUCUAUACAUUUAAUAUAAAGUUCACAUCUAUAAACCUAAUGUUAGAUAAGUUGUUUUGAUUGUAAAUCAAUUGAAGACACAGAAUUGGAGGAAGACAUGAGAAUGACAAAUAUACAAUCAUUGUUUGAAAUCAGUGCACAAGGCACACAAACAGGACAAUUAAAUAGUUUAUACAGUGGAGCUUUCAAAAACGCACAUUAAUUGAUCAAAAUGUAAUUAGAGAAUUCAGCGAAAUAAACACCACAGAGGGACAAACGAUUGAACACAAAUAAUUACAAUUAUAUAUAAUUUACUGAAAAUGGAGAGCAACUGGAGUAGAGCAGAGGAUGGGGGUGACUGAGGGACAACCGAGCAUAGAUGUGGAGGUCAUGAACAGAGGCCUAGCUGGGCACAGGUGUGGAGAUCACAGCUUUUGUGGAGUGAUAGAUAACGAUGCUUUGUGGGUGACAAGUUGUUGAUCUGUUCAGAGGGUCCCUGACUCAACCCCAGGUUGGGGCAAGGAGAGGGAUGGAAGCAAUACUGCUACAGAGUCAGUAGAAAUAGUCUCUUACAGUGCAGGUGAACAGCAGGUUCUGCAGGUGGAUAGCCAGGCUUUUCCACUGUCUCAUGGCCUGGUGGUGGAUGCUCCGUUAUAGUCUGCCAGACGGAAGUGGCGAGAACAGGCUAUGGCUGAAGUCCUUGGUGAUCUUCCAGGGGACAGUGCAGCUGCCUUUACAUGUGGUGAUGCAGCCAGUCCGGCUCCCAUCUGGUAACUUUUUGAAGAUGGGCCACCAUGUCUGCUAUGGAAAUAGGAGGGAGGAUGAGUAUAAGAUGUACAUUUUAAAACAGUGAGCAGAUUGGAUGUAUAGAUGGAACAUUAAAUGAAUGGCAUCUAACCUUUACCUAACAUCUUCGCUUCCUCAGCACAUUAGAACACACACAGAAUUACAUGUUUAUUCAAUAUAAACGUCUUGCUAGCUAGCCACAGUAACGUUUAAGUAAUUUCAAAGUAUCCAACGUUAUAGCUGGGUGUGACAAAACAUAGGCCUACUAUGAAAUCACACAAGUAUGGAAAUAUUGGGUCUGACAGACUAUUUUGAUGAUGAUGAUGUGACAAACUAUUUAGACAACCUGUCAAAACACACAGCUUGCUACUGUUACUUUAAGUACUGUAGCUAGCUAAGUUGUUAACCAACUGUACUAACGCGAUGUAGCCUAAUGCACUGAUGUUACCUGCUAGCAAACAAGACAGUUUAAGUGAAUGUUUUUCCAUAUCUCGUAUGUCUGUCUGUCUGUUAACGUUUCCUUGACACUGUCAGAUAAAUUAUCCAGUUAACACCUGGUAUACAACGUGGGAAUAUGCAUAUUUCACUAGUUCAUAUAGCUAACCAGAUAAUCGUUGGAAAUUUAAAUGAGCUAGUAGCUUACUCGUCUGCUUUUCUUUUUUUUGUAAAGAAAUAGACAUUUGUAGGCAGCACAUGGUGGGCGUUCCAUACACAUACAGAGCCAAUCACUGGCAUGCAAACAUUGACAACAGGAAAAGGUUUGCUGGCGGGAAUUUCGGUCGUCACUAGUUACUCCAGCCACAAAGUCAACAUUAUGGCUAAAUUCCGACUAUUUCUAAAAUGUAUCUUCUUAAAAUCUAACUUUAACCCUAACCACACUGAUAACCUUAUGCCUAACCUUAAAUUAAAAACAAAAAUGACCUUUCUGUUUUUAUACAUUUUUACGAUAUUGACCAUUUCCACUUUGUGAAUGUGGUAACUAGCUAGUGACAACGGAAUUUCAUUUCGCUGCUAAUUCGAAACGUUAGUAGAAGCUGGCAUGCUAGCUACUGGUGAAAUUGUCCGACAAAUACAAAAAUAAUCCGUUUUACUCGAUAAAAUAAAAGUUAGGACCUGCAAAGACGUCCAACAUGAGAGCUGACAUAAUGGAAAAGAUCGUUUCGUUGUCUGAUGGAGAGCGCAUCCCUGAGCUGCAGCAGUACCUCUCAUCCCUGACUGAUGACCAGCUGACCACUGUGGUCACAAACAGUGCAUUGAAGGGGAAGGACAUUGGAGCCAUGGUCAAAUCCAUAUUCAAAGGCUCUCCGCCCAGUGCCCCAGAGGGAGCGAGUCGCAGGCUGCUCCUGUACCAGCACUGCAUCCCCCUGUGUGAGUCUGGAGAUCUCCAGACAGAGGUGGCAUCAGACAUCAUUGGACUGCUGAUGCUAGAGACCCACAACCUGCCCGGCCCCUCCCUGGCACAGCUGGCGUCUCUCUUCGUUGAUGCCAUUAAGUUGGGUAAGAUGGGCAGUGGCAAAUCCCUGGAGCUCUUCCCCACAGUCCUCACUGCCCUGGCUGCCACUGAGGCUCUCUCCUAUGGCAAAGGUGAGCUCAGUGGGGAAGAGUACAAGAAGCAGCUCAUCAACAGCCUCUGUUCCAGCAGAUGGGACCCACAGUGUGUGAUCCACUUGACCACUAUGUUCAGGGAUGUGCCCUUGGCACCAGAGGAGCUGCAGUUCCUGGUCGAGAAGGUCCUGAGGAUGUUCCUCAAACUAGACCUGCAGGAGAUCCCACCUUUGGUCUACCAGCUGCUGCUGCUGGCUGCUAAGGGCUGUAAGAAACAGGUCCUGGAAGGAAUCAUCAGCUACUUUAAAGAGCAAGAUCUUCGCCAGAAAGAGGAACAGAAAGAUGGAGAGAGUAUGGACGUGGAGGUUCAGUCCAUUCCUCAGGACCAGCUGAGGCAUGUGGAGGGCACAGCCAUCCUGCACAUAGUUUUUACAGUGCGGCUUGACCAGGAGCUAGGGAGGGAGUUCCUGAAAAGCGUUAAGGGGUCCCAAGGGGAGCUCUGUCCGUUCAGCAUUGCUCUGCUGCUCUCGGUGGCCAGGAUUCAACGCUACGAGGAGCAGUUGUUUGAUUUUUUGAAGGGGGCGAUCACUAAGAGCUUCAAGGAUGAGCAUCUGCAGCAGGGCUCCAAGUUCCUGCAGGACCUGCUGCCUCAGCGCUGCAGCCUUGCUCAGAUGAUCCUGGACACUGUCAAGAACAGUGUGUUUGGCUGGGACCAUGUGACCCAGGGGCUGGUCCAACUGGGCUUCAUCCUUAUGGACGCCUUUGGCCCCAAGGCAGGACCGUUCGGGAAGACUGCAACCGAAGGGGCCAACGCCACAGCCAAAACACCCACACAGCAGGCCUGUCGGCUGGGGGGACACAUCCUCUUGGAGGGCUUCAAGAUGCAUGAGCCAAUCAGGGGUGAGAUUCUGGAGCAAGUCCUGAACCGAUUGGUCACCAAAACGGCCUCCCCUGUCACUCAUUUCAUAGAUCUUCUCUCGGACAUUGUGGUCUCGGCUCCCAUGAUCCUUCUGGAGUCAUCAUCCAAGGUGACAGAGACGUUUGAUCACCUGUCAUACCUGCCACUGGCCACUGUGCAGGGGCUACUCAAGGCUGUCCAGCCUCUGCUGAAGGUCAGUAUGUCCAUGAAGGAUGCUCUAAUUCUCGUUCUGAGGAAGGCCAUGUUCUCCAGCCAGUUGGAUGGGAGGAAGUCUGCGGUGACGGGCUUCCUGCUGCUGCUGAAGAACUUCCGGGUCCUGGGUAGCAUGGCUUCCAGCCAAGCCAGCCAGGCCAUCUCCUCCAGCCAGGUCCAGGUGGACGUUCACUCCCGCUACAACUCUGCUGCCAACGAGGCCUUCUGCCUGGAGAUCCUCAGCAGCCUGCGCCGAUGUCUGGGCCAGCAGGCCGAUGUACGACUCAUGCUCUACGAGGGUUUCCAUGAUGUCCUCCGCCGCAACUCUCAACUAGCAAGCUCCAUCAUGCAGACCCUGCUCUCGCAGGUGAGGCGGUACUAUGAGCCAGAGCAGGACCUUCUGCCCCCAGUGAAGCUGGAGUUAUGCAUCGGUGCUCAAGGAGACCAAGUCUUCCUCCAGGAGCCUCUGGCCCAUCUGUUGAGUUGCACAGUCCACUGCCUGCUGUGGUACCAGGGCAUGCGCCGUUCAGCCCGGCCCAACGCAGGUGGGAGUGACGAUGAUGAUGAUGAUGAAGAGGAAGGGGGAUUUCAGGACGAGCUGCAGAGCAUCCUGGAGAGCAUCACGCGUCGGAUGAUCAAGUGUGAAUUGGAGGACUUUGAGCUGGAUAAGUCGGCUGAAUUCUCCCUGUCCAGUGUGGGGGUGAAGAACAGCAUAUAUGCCGUGCUGGUGAUGGGAGUGUACGAGGUGCUCAUCGAAUACAACUUCACCAAGGCCAACUACAGUAAGAGUCUUUUCGAGGAACUCCUGGAGCUGUUUAGUCGCUAUAACAAGCUGUCUGAGAUCCUGAAGGAGAAGUCUGGAAAGGGCAAGAGCAGCAAGAGCCCUCGAAGCCUGCUGUCUAUGGGCUUUGUGUCAACACUGCUCACUGCACUCUUCAGAGACAGCGCUCAGAGCAGAGAGGAGGCUCUGUUUGUGCUGCGAUCUAGUGGGGACUUCCUGCGUUACGCUGUGAGCGUGGCUCUGCAAAAGAUUACACAGUUGGAGGAAACUGGACACACUGACGGCCCAGACGGACAGAACACAGACAAGACCUUCCACCACCUCUGUGACAUCACGAGUGUCUUGAUGUGGCGGUACACCAACAUCCCGUGUGCAGUGGAGGAUGCUGGAAAGAAGGAGAAGCGUUGCAGUGUGUCCCUGCUGUGUCUGGAGGGCUUGCUGAGGAUCUUCAGCACCGGGCAGCAGCGCUACCCAGCCAGGGUGGCCCAGCUCCUUUCUGCCAUCGAUCUCUCUGUGGAGGAAGGGAGUGAUCACGGUCCAGGGAAUGCCAGCGUCACAGAGAAGACUGCUUUCUACAUUCGCCAGUUCCAGAGGGCACUGUUUACCCAGCUGAAUGGAGGGGAGGAAGACUUCAACAGCAAGGAGGCUCAGCUCCUGGUAAACAUCCUGAGUGUGCUCUCACGCCAGCUAGAACCCUCCUCCCAGCAGUUUGUUCAAAUGAUCACAUGGACAGUGAAAAUCUGCAAGGAGACCAGCUUUGAGGACAUAGCGUUCAGUAAAGGCCUGCUCUCCCUGCUCUUCAGUCUGCACGUGCUCUACAAGAGUCCCGUCAGUCUGUUGUGGGAGCUUUGUCAAGACAUACACAGUCAGCUGGGAGACAUCGACCAGGAUUUGGAAGUGGAGAAGCAGUCUCACUUUGCCAUCGUCAACAUGAAGACCGCCUCGCCGACAACACUCCUGGUGCUGUCUCAGGUGGGGAAAGUAUUGGAUGAGGUGGACUGGCUGAUCACCAAGAAGAAAGGCCAGUUGGUCCCUGACAGGCUCAGCUCUGGUGAUGCCACCCAGGCUGCGGGCCAGCAGGACCCAGUGGAGAAGGCGCUGACGCUGCAGCUGGGGACUCUCCUGACGGCCCUGAACGAGCUGGUCCAGACCGCCCUGCCAUCUGGAGUCUGCACCAACACACUGCUGGGAGAGCUGAGCCGUACAUACACCAUCCUCACCACUCUGGUCAAAUAUUAUAUCCAACUGUGCUCAGGCCAACAGGGCCUGCUCCCAGCACGUGUGGAGAAGCUGGUCAAACUGUCCGGCUCUCACCUGACUCCACAGUGCUACUCCUUCAUCACCUACGUGCAGAGUGGUGAGCUGGCCGGUGGAGGUGCAGAUGAUAAAAAGAAGAAGAAAAAGGAGGGGGAGGCCACUGCUACAGCAUCAGCCAAACUCCUACGUGAGACCAAGGCCAUUCCCAACCUGAUCUACAGUAUAGAACAGUAUGAGAAAUACCUCAUCACCCUCUCCAAGAAAUCAAAGGUGAACCUGAUGCAGUACAUGAAACUGAGCACGUCCAGAGAUUUCCGCAUCAACGCAGCCACUCUGGAGGCAGCGCUGCAGGAGCACGACAACAGUCAGCAAACCAUAGCCUCCCAGGAGCCAGAGCAGAGCCAGGAGCCCAAGAAGAAGAGAAAGAAGCAGUAAUGGAAAUCAAUAAUACCCUGGCCCUUCUAAACCUCUCAGUACACUCCUCUCUUAACCAGUCUGGAGUUGCCCCCAUUCACCCGGAUGCGUUCUGAUGAUCUGCUGAGUUGGUUGGUGCUCAUUAGGCCACACCGUAGCAAAAUGUUUUGCAUCAGAAAACAAAAAAUGUGUGUUUCUUAUUGGACAAGUUCAGAUAGCCCCGCUUCGGACCGUUUUCUUCUAUUUAGUGCCUUAUUAUCAUGAACCUGUAUAGAACCAGUAGUUCCUAUUGACGUCAUUGGUUUGACGACUCAGUGCCUGGGUUGGGGCAGCUCUGGAGGACCUGUGUAUCUAUCCCAUGAAGCCUCUGGCUACACUAGCUACAUCAUAGAGGACUGCUCGGUUCACCCUGUUAUUUCCCUUUUCCCAGAGAGCCUUUGGUGAUGUCUGAUUUGGUGAAGAGUCAAUGUGUUGUUAUUCUAGGUAUACAUACUGUACAGAGAAAGAUCAAAAACAAUGUUUUGCAUUAUGAUCAUUUGUUAAAAGCUUUUAUUAAGAAGAUUGAGAGCAUGUAAGAGCAUUUCUGCUGUAAUUAUUAAUUUACAGUAAAAAUGCCAUUAUGUAAACAUGUUUGUUACUUUACAAUCUGAAGAAUUAUACAUUAAAUGUAAUUGUGUGAAAUAGA